AUGUCUUCCUCAUGCAACAUAUCUGAACCCAUUGCUGUGAUUGGCAUUGGCUGUCGUUUCCCGGGAGCUUCAUCUACUACGGAAUUAGUAGAUGUUUUAAGUGAUCCCGCCGACCUGUCGCAGACCAUCCCUUCAGAUCGAUUCAGCAUCGAUGGUUAUCAUCACGAUGACGGAAGUCAUCAUGGCAGCACCAAUGUUCGAAAGUCAUACUUUCUGCAGGAUAGCAUCCGCAAGUUUGAUAACAACUUCUUCAACGUCACUGCCGUAGAGGCGUCUUCUAUAGACCCCCAGCAGCGGAUCCUGCUGGAAACAGUACACGAGGCCUUUGAGAACGCCAAUGUAUCUAUGCCACAACUUAGAGGCUCAGAUACGGCUGUCUAUGUUGGCUUGAUGUGUGGAGACUAUGAGAGUCUCUUGUACAAUGACCUUGAGACUGUUCCCAGAUACAUGGCUACUGGCGUUGCUCGCAGUAUCAUUGCCAAUCGAAUUUCAUAUAUAUGGGAUCUUCGUGGCCCAUCUAUGACAAUCGACACGGCUUGUUCUUCCAGUCUAGUUGCCCUCCACCAAGGCGUGCAGGCCUUACGGCUAGGAGAAACCAACUUAGCGCUUGUUGCAGGGUCCAACUUGCUGCUUGGACCUGAAUGCUACGUAACGGAAAGCAGUCUUAACAUGCUCUCACCGACUGGGAAGAGUCGCAUGUGGGAUGCGGAAGCGGAUGGCUAUGCUCGAGGCGAGGGUGUGGCUGCUAUAGUGUUGAAGCGUCUAAGCGAUGCUGUUGCCGACGGCGACUUCAUUGAGUGUAUCGUGAGGGAGACUGGUGUCGGCCAAGAUGGACACACCAAUGGCAUCACAACUCCGGGUGCAGAGUCCCAAGCAUCCCUCAUCAGACGCGUCUACGCCAAAGCCGGUCUUGACGUGAUCAAGGACGGCUGUCAGUAUUUUGAAGCGCACGGCACCGGUACACCGGCUGGCGAUCCCGUGGAGGCUGAAGCAAUCCAUUCUGUCUUCACGGAUUCCUCAGGAAAUAACGUCCGCACCGCUCCGAUUUAUGUCGGAUCAGUCAAGACAGUGAUCGGUCACACUGAGGGCACAGCAGGUUUGGCGGGCCUUAUCAAGGCAACGACUUCCCUGCAACGCAAAACAAUUUUCCCGAAUAAACACUUCAACAAGCUGAACCCUCGCAUCACGCCUUUCUACGGGAACCUACAGGUCCCGACGGUUGAAGUUCCGUGGCCCAAACCACCAAACGGCCAGCCUCUCAGGGCUAGUGUGAAUAGUUUUGGGUUUGGGGGUACAAACGCGCAUGCUAUCCUGGAAAGUUAUGAUAACGGUAUUUCACCAAACCGAGUUUCAGAGGAUGCUGUUCCACUAUUUGUGCCAGUCGUCUUUUCGGCCAAGAGCGCAGGCUCGCUAUACGGCGGACUUGCGGACUAUGUCCAGUGGUUGAACCUGCACCCGGAAGCCAACAUACGGGAUGUGGCAAUCACGGCUUCCAGAAGGUCGCCUUUUGCUUACAGGGCCGCUAUCCCGUCCGCCAGUAGCUCUGACCUAUCAUCGAAACUAUCAGAGGCAAUUCGUGAGCGACGAAUUGUGACACCAGCACGCAGUACCCCGAGGACAAUUGGCAUUUUCACGGGUCAAGGGGCUCAGUCUUUUGGUAUGAUGGCUGAGGUUCUGCGCGCCUCUCCUUGGGCACAGAAUCGCGCACGCCAACUGGAAGAGAUGCUUCUAGAUAUGAUCCCACUCGAAGACAGGCCACCUCAUUCGUUGGUUGACCAGCUUCUUCUAGGUCGCUCCCCAGACGGCUCGUCUGUGAUGGAAGCGAGCCUUUCCCAGCCCCUGUGCACCCUGGUACAGAUUCUCCUGGUGGACGUACUCCAGACAGCCGGUAUCAAGUUCAGUGCCGUCGUCGGCCACUCCUCUGGAGAGAUAUCUGCCGCAUACGCUGCGGGCUACCUCACGGCAGAGAACGCUCUAGGCGCUGCUUACUAUCGAGGCAUGCAUACCAGAUUGGCUAGCGGUCCUGAUAACCAACAGGGAGCCAUGUUAGCAGCUUCCAUGUCCUACAAAGAGGCACGCCGAUUUUGCGCGCGGCCAGAAUUCAAGCAGAGAAUUUGCGUGGCAGCCAGCAACUCUCCAAGCAGUGUAACGCUCUCAGGAGAUGAGGAUGCCAUUAUUGAAGCCGAGGAGUUCCUCCAGGCCGAAAACGCCAACCCAAAGCGUUUGGUGGUCGACAAAGCAUAUCACUCUCACCACAUGAACCCGUGCUCCAGCGCUUACCUGGAAUCGCUUAGAGCCCUCCCGGGCUUUAAGUCUGAUCCUAACACAUCGACUAAGUGGUUCUCGAGUGUUCACGUUCGGGAGGCCAGCGAGUUCCAGCUCACGGCGGACUAUUGGAAUGAUAACAUGGCCCAGCCCGUCUUGUUCUCCCAAGCACUUGAAAAGGCGUGCAACGACGUCGGAUCUUUCGACCUCGUGAUUGAGGUCGGACCGCAUCCCGCACUCCGAGCGCCGGUUAUGCAAACUUUACAAAACCUGGACCCACAGAACCAGCCAGCCUAUACCUUCUUACUCCGUAGAGGACAAGACAGUGUGCAAUCAUUCCGUGAGGGGUUCGCACAGCUUUGGCAGGCUGGUUUGAAUCCUAAGCUGGCUGCUGUUGAAAAGCUCAUGUCUGGUAUCUCAAGCCAGCCAUUGAGGGGACUGCCGAUAUACCAUUGGCAACACGAUCAGGAGUUCUGGCAUGAACCCUAUUUUACCAAAGCCUUGAGGAGGCGCAAACAGCCAGCUCGCCCGUUGAUAGGCAUACGGCUUCCCGAUAGUUCCGACGUGGACAUGAGGUGGCGCAACGUUAUCCUGGAAUCGGAGUUGCCAUGGCUUUCUGGCCAUAAGAUCCAGGGUCAAACCGUAUUCCCUGGAGCCGGUUACAUAUGCAUGGCCAUCGAAGCGGCUCAGGAACUGAACCUCAACAACCAGGAGAUUCAGACCAUUGACGUCACCAAUCUAGACAUCAGCCAAGCUCUACUCAUACCGCCAGAUGACCCUGGGGUGGAAGUCGUGUGCACGAUGACAAAUGUGCGUCGCAGUGGCAAGACUAUAAUCAUAGCCGACUUCUCUCUUUACGCUGCUAUCGGGGACAGCUUAUCCCUCAUGGUCAAAGCAGUUGUGAAGCUGCAAUUAGGACCAUCGAAAGGCGAAAUACUGCCAUCUACUCACCAGCAAGGUAUUGCGGACUGCUCGAUGCGUCCUAUUGACAGCGAUGUCAUAUACUCGGGAUGGAACAACGUGGGUUUUACGUACUCAGGGCCGUUCCGAGCUAUUCAGAAUGCUUCAAGGAAGCUUAGCGCAGCAAGUGGUUCCAUUGCCAAUGCACCCGGCGAGGGUUCAAUGCCCUUGCAUCCUGGCACAUUGGAUGCCGCUAUUCAGUCACUCCUAUUGGCCUACUGUCACCCAGAGGAUGGGACUCUGGUCUCGCCACAAGUUCCACGAACCAUCAGGAACGUUCGCAUCAACUUCGGACUGGUAAAGACCGUUGGCCUGACUCAUCCGCAAUUCGAAUUUACAGCAGUCGUCCCGGAUCGUGAAGCUUCCGGUGCGUGUGGAGAUGUCGAACUGUUCACUCAAGAGGGGCAGAGCAUUGUGCAGAUAGAGUCUCUUCAGUACGUCAGGCUUUCUCCAGCAACAAAAGAGAAUGACCUCAAAGCGUUCUGGUACACAAAGUGGGUGUCCGCAUCUCCUGGUACUCAAAACUUUUGCCGGGACGGACAGGCUACAGAGGACGAUUACGAACUGGUCGAGAACCUCGAACGUCUGUCUUUCUACCACAUCACGCAGCUUGAGAAGGCUUUCCCGCAGGGUCACCCGCAACGUCAGCACCCCAACUGGAAGAACUAUUUUGGCUUUGUAGCCCAUGUUCGCAGUUUGGUGGAUUCUGGCGUUCAUCCUUACGUUAAAAAGGACUGGCUUCAAGACACAUCAGAGGUGGUCACUGCCAUUGCGGCGCGAUAUCCUGAUAAUCCGCAUCGCAGAGUCAUCGAUGCUGUGGGGGACAACAUCACGCAGAUCGUACAUAGCGGAAGCACGAUACUGGAACAUCCACUACGAAGCCUUCUAGAUGACUACUAUGCCCAUGGGAUGGCCGACCAAAGCUACGCACGCAACCUAGCGCGCGUAGUUGGGUAUCUUGCUGAUAGAUUCCCUACGAUGAAUAUCCUCGAAAUCGGAGCCAGUAACAGAAGUGUAACCAAAACAGUCUUUGAGGAGAUUGGUUGCACGUUUGACACCUACACAUGCACAGACGUAUCUGUUAGUCAAUCUGAGAAUGCGCGUGACCUUUUCCCUGCCCAGAAAGACAAGAUAGUUUUCUCAAGUCUCGAUCUGGAGCGGGACGUCGUCGAACAGGGGUUCAACCCCCAGUCAUACGACCUGGUCAUCGCCUCGCUGGCGCUUCAUGCAACAUCCAACCUGAAGAACACUCUUUCCAACGUCCGGAAGUUGCUGAAACCUGGAGGCUAUGUCGUCAUGCUUGAGAUCACCAACAACGACCCCAUCAGACAUGGUUUCGUCUUUGGAACAAUGCCGCAAUGGUGGAUCGGCGAAGCUGAAGGCCGCGUACUCUCGCCCUGCAUCGAACCCCCAAAGUGGGAUGCUGUUCUCCAGCAGUCUGGAUUCUCUUCCAUUGAUUCAAUGGUCCCUGAUGUCCAUCGCCUUCAGGUUCCUUUCUCGGUAAUCACGGCUCAAGCAGUGGACAACAGAGUUCAGUUGCUACGCAACCCUCUUGCCAACAAGACGGCGUUCCCUCGCCUACUCGUUGUCGGAGGCGCAACUCCAAACAGCGUACAGCUUGUGAGCAGCGUAUGUGAGUUGUUAGGGCAACACUAUGAGGUUGUUCUUAACAUCCGCACUCUCGAGGACUUUAGUGACGCCUACCAUGGAUGCACGGUGUUGUCCCUAUCCGAACUUGACAGGCCUGUCUUCGAGAACAUCAACGACGGUACUCUCAGGGCCUUGAACAAAAUCAUGUCGAACUGCCCAGUGCUUCUUUGGGCUACGCAUGGUGCUAGAGACAAAUGCCCUGGAUCCAUGAUGGCUAUUGGCUUCUUCCGCACAAUGAUGUGGGAAAGGCCAGAGCUAACCUUCAGGUCUAUCGACUUUUUGGACGAGAGCCUACCUGACUCCGAUGUCAUCUGCUCUUCUCUUUUAGAGUUGGAGAUGGGUGUUUCAUGGAACCUGAAGACCAGGGGAUCUGACAUUCUUUGGCCUCUGGAAAGAGAGCUCGUCUACAAAAACGGUCAUCUGGAGAUCCCGCGGGUGGUACCAUCUCCCAUGCUAAACGACAGAUAUAAUUGCAGUCAAAGACUGAUCGUUCGCAAGAACGGAAAUACCCCGAUCCGACUCUCUCACGAUGGUUGGCUUGAUCAAGAGGUAUCUGUUCGUUCGAACAAGGCAUUGACCUCAACAUACGGCAAACGCCUGCAGCUCAAAGUCGAGUACUCGACCUCAUUCUCAGUGCCUGUACUGGAUUCGGGCCCCAGCAAUUCAUACCUGGUAUUCGGAAGAGUAGCCAACAGCCGUCGUCCAGUCCUCGCUUUGGUGCCUAAGUGCGGAUCGACGGUCAAGCCGUUAUCUUGCUCUGUCUGUGAGGUUCAGGACGAUAGCAACCCGUCACUUGUUUUAACACAGGUUGCGUCAGUUCUACAAGCGGUAUAUCUGCUUUCUCACGUCCCCAAGGGUCAGCGCCUACUCGUACACAACCCUGACGCACAAUUUGCCGCGGCCAUCAAGUCUUUGGCCAAGGAUCGAGAUAUCCGAGUGACCAUGACUUCGACCGAUCCGCAAACCAAAUUCAUCCACCUACAUCCUCAUAUGCCGGCACGCUUGCUGAAGGAUAUAAUCAAUCCCAGUCACCAUUAUUUUGCGGAUCUAUCCAAGACCACAGAAUCUCCAACGGAAGCCUAUAUUCGGCAGCUUCUCCCCAAGUCCAUGGUUAUCAUUGACACGCAGCCCAUUAUUGCAACCGACGGGUCUCGAUUAGCCACACCGUUGACCUACGGUAGCUCGCUCAACCCUGCUGAGACGAUUCCGGUCUCAGCACAGCUCUCUGCAGCGUACGAUAUCAGCCAUGGACUUCCGAUGCAUUCACUUGGGCUUGUUUCGCUGAGUGACUUUUCCAGUCAACGGCCAAAUCGGAACAAACAUAUCCUCCAGUGGAGUGACACUGAAAGCGCCUUCACACGUGUCCUGCCUACAGGUCGUCACCUAGCAUUCCUGCCACAUCGCACGUACUGGCUUGUGGGCCUCACAGGGGACACUGGAUUAUCUCUUAGUGAACUUCUCGUGCGAAAAGGCGCUCGAUAUGUGGUUCUGAGCAGCCGCAACCCUAAAAUCAGCCCCGAAUGGCUGGAACAGCAAAGCAAAGCUGGGGUGAAAAUUGCCGUCAUUCCGUGUGAUGCGGCGAACAAGGCCAGCCUGAGUUCAGCUUACGACAAGAUCAAGGAUUCUUUUCCACCGCUAGCCGGAGUGGCUCACGGCGGGAUGGUCUUGGAAGAUGUGCCUGUCGGAGACCUAGACGCCGACAAGUUUGCCAAGGUUGCGGCUCCCAAGGUCGCAGGCAGCACGAAUCUAGACCGGCUUUUCGAGGAACACGGUGUUGAUCUGGACUUCUUGGUCUUUUUCUCUUCGAGCGUCGGGACCGUUGGUAAUUACGGACAGUCAAACUACUCAGCCGCCAAUCUAUACAUGCAAACCUUGGCCUUGCAACGAAGACAGCGAGGCCGAGCCGCCUCGAUUCUCAAUCUCGGGCUCAUCAUUGGCAUAGGGUAUGCAAUGAGUCGGAUGAAUCGUAGCCAGCUCGAAGCUUUGGGUAAAAAUGGUGUCAAAUGGAUAUCUGAGGAGGACGUUCAUCACUCGUUUGGCGAAGCAGUCCUGGCAAGCCCUCCUUCAUCGGACCUUGACUAUGAGGUUACAAUCGGUCUCGAUACGUUCUCAGCCGGGGGCCCCUCGGCACCCCCAUGGGCGGAAGAACCAAGAAUGUCUCAUUUGUUCAAUACCGACCCCAACAUGAGCCUGGCAUCGAAACGAGGCGGUGUUGGUGCACAGAAGUCUCCCCGUGAGAAACUGGCGGAAGCUCCCUCGCUCGUGGAAGCUGAAAUCGUAAUCAAAGAAUGUUUCUUGAUCGAACUGCAGAACAUCUUGAAGCUGUCGCCCUCUCAGAUGGAGGAUGAGAAGACGCUGCUCGAUACGAGUACGGAUCAGCUGGGGUUCGACUCACUCAUCGCCGUGGAGGUACGCAGUUGGUUUCUGAAGACAUUUGAUGUCAGAAUCGCGACUCUUCAAAUGAUGAGUGCCAACAUUCAAGGCAUAAUCGACUUGGCCUUGUCCAAGUUGGACAAACCGAGCACACCCCAUCUGGUCAUGGAGUCUGAGAGUAAGGCGCAACGCAGUGAGGCUUCUAGCCCACUCUCGGAAGCAGAUGUGGCGUCCCCGAGCACAGAAGAUACAAGACCGUCAUCUCGCGGCUCGUUCGAUCAGAAUGUCCCGCGCCUCAUGGAGCCCGAGAGCCCGCAAGAAGACGGCACACAGCAUUCUCCUCGCUAUGGACCGCAUCCUCUAUCUAUUGGUCAGGAGAUGUUCUGGUUUGUGGAAAAGCUCAUGCCGAACGCCAACCCUCUCAACGGCUUGGUUGUGUACCGUAUGACUGGCUCACCAGACGUGGCAAGGCUUUCAGAAGCCGUCCGAAUGGUCGGAAAGCGCCACGAGGCGAUAAGGACAGCAAUAUUCGAAUCGGAGAACGGCUCGGCCGUGCAAGCUAUACUAGAUUAUGCUACAGUACAUCUGGAGACACUGUCAGCCUCUCACGACGCUAUUCCGGACAUCAUACAGAACUUUGCAAAGCAUUGUUAUCGACUUGACCAAGGCCAGAUCAUGCGCAUUCUCCUUGUCUCAAGCUCGCCUACGGAGCAUUAUCUCUUCAUCGGGUCACACCACAUCAACAUGGAUGGAAUCAGUCUUCAAGUCAUUCUAUCGGAGCUGGAGGCCUUUUACAAGGGAGAGGAUUUGCCUGGGUCGCCCUUGCAGUUUGCGGACUUCGCUAAACGUCAGCGUGAGAACAACUGGUCUGACCUGCUAUCGUUCUGGCAGAGCGAGCUUUCCGGUAUCUCUGAGGAGCUUCCCAUCUUGCGGCUUCCCGAUGCCGCCAGGGUGCGCCAACCGUUGAACGAGUAUCGAAACACGGAGAUUAGCCGUCGAGUCAACUCUUCUACGAUGGCAAAGGUCCGUGUGAGAUGCCGUGAGUUGCGCGUAACGCAAUUCCAAUUCUACCUCGCCAUCUUCCGCGUCCUACUCGUUCGGUUGGCCAAGGUAGAUGACAUCUGCAUUGGUAUCGCGGAUGCCAACAGGUUAAGCGAAGACACUCUCGAAGCGGUUGGCAUGUAUCUCAACCUGCUGCCACUGAGGUUCCAAUCGACAUGCAAUCAGAGGUUCUCAGACAUUGCUCAGGACACAAAGCAGAAGGUUCAAUCUGCCAUUGCUCACUCCGCCCUUCCGUUUGGUUUGCUGCUGGAAAACAUGGGCAAACUUGGUUUGCGACGAUCCGCAGACCAUAGCCCAAUAUUCCAGACGUUUGUCGACUAUCGGCAAGGGGCACGAGAGCAACAACCUUUUGGUGAUUGCAAGCUCGACGUCAGAUACUGGCAUGGUACCAAAACCGCUUACGAUAUCAGUCUUGACAUUGUCGACUACAAAGAAGUUCCUACCUACAUCCGGCUCGCUGUGCAAGAUAGUCUUUAUUCGAGAGCGGAUGCUGAGCUGCUCAUGGAUAGCUAUAUGCAUUUGAUCGAUGUAUUUGCGACCUCGGCCAAUGAGGAGGAUUGCCUGAUUGAAAGAGUCCCGAUAUUCAAUGACAAUUCGAUCGGAACCAAGCUGAGUUUCGCGAAAGGUAAGUUGCUUGAGCGUUCCUCAUGGCCAGGAACUUUAGCUCACAGGGUUGCUGAGAUAUCGGCCUCUUAUCCUGAGAAGACUGCAAUCAAAGAUGGAAAUGGGACUAUUUUAACGUACGCAGGCAUGUCGAACAGGGUAGCCGCUGUCGCCAGUGGCAUUCGAAAACUCGAGGUUCAACCAGGAUCUGUGAUUGGGGUCUUCCAAGAGCCAACAGCCGAUUUCGUGUGCUCUUUGCUGGCGAUCUGGCACGCUGGAUGUGUCUAUAUGCCGUUGGAUCCGGCAACUCCGAUGCCGCGGCUCGAGACUCAAGUUCAUCACUGCUCCCCGCAGCUUAUUCUCGUUGACAAUCGUCUUGCAGACGCGGCCGCCUCCUUUGGAACUCCACUUCUCAACGUCUCAUACAUGGACGCUCAGGAGUCCUCUGGAAUCGUGUCGGAGGUGUCCGAGACCAAAUCCACAGACCCAGCGGCUGUUUUAUACACCAGCGGAUCGACCGGUGUUCCGAAGGGCAUUGUGUUAUCCCACCAAAACCUAAUCCACGAGCUCGAGUUCUCACCAAAGAACUAUGACUUUGGAUUCGAAAACGUCUUAUGCCAAAGCGCCUUGGGAUUUGACAUGUCUCUGACUCAGAUCUUUACGGCUCUUGCAUUUGGGGGCUGCGUACACAUGGUAACAUUGGCUGAGCGCGGCGAUGCCCUGUCUAUUACCAAGCGUAUCGUUGACGAUGGCAUUACCUUCACCGGCGCGACGCCCUCGGAGUAUCUCUCUUGGUUGGCCUACGGCGUUCCGAGCCUUGGUCAGUCUGGGUCUAGUUGGCGCCGCGCAGUUUGUGGCGGCGAGCCAAUCCCACCCGCACUGCUCCGUUCCUUCGCCUCCAUCGCCAACCGUCAGCUGAGGCUCUUCAAUGCAUACGGGCCAACGGAGACAACGUGCUCGGUAACCAGAAUUGAGGUACCAUACCGAGACCUCGCCCAAGCUUCGUCCAAGGUUCAGCUGACUGCUGGCCAUGUGGCCCUGAACUGCUCCGUCUGUAUUGUGGACUCGGAUCUCAGACCCUUGCCUGUCGGCAUGCCUGGCGAAGUUCUUAUCGGCGGCGCAAAGGUUGCAAUUGGAUACCUCGGGAAUGAAGCUCUCACACAAGAGCGAUUCGUGGACCAUGAUCACGUCCCAGACGAGUUCGCCGCGGAAGGUUGGGCAUCAGUACACCGCACAGGCGACGUCGGCUGGCUACGACCGGACGGCCAGCUUGUCCUUGAAGGCAGGGUUGCCGGCGACUCCCAAAUCAAACUGCGGGGUAACCGGGUGGAUCUUACAGAUGUGGAAGAUGCCAUCCUUCGUGCUGGACAAGGUCAUCUGAUUGAGGCCCUGGUCUGUGUUCCGACAAAAGCAGACUCGGGCGAUGCCAGUUCGGACUCCGUAUUGCUUGCAGCACUGGUUGUUACAGACGCAUCUCUCGACCCGCAGAGUCCAGAAGAAAAUCAAUUUCUCACUGAUGUCUUGAGGCGUGUUGAUCUACCUCGGGCCUUGAGGCCAACAACAAUACGCUCGGCUCCGGCACUUCCCAAGAGCGCCAACGGCAAGGCAGACCGUAAGGCUGCUGCUGAGUUGCUCAGAAUACAUUUGGAUACGUUCGAGGCAUCUGAUAAUGACGAGUCGUUAUCAGGAGUCGAGUCACAGCUCCAACAGGCAUGGACUGAGGUUUUGCCAUUCAACCUCAGUUCCAAGAUUCGAAGAUCCUCGGACUUCUUCCACGCGGGCGGCAACUCUCUGCUUCUUGUUGCCCUCCAGAGAAAGAUUCAAGAGGUUUUUAACGUGAAACUCCCCCUCGUCUCUGUCUUUGAACAGAGCACUUUGUCCAACAUGGCUUUGCUGAUCGAGCAAAAUUCCAUCGAGGACACGACAAUCGACUGGGACAGGGAGACCGACCCUGAAAACUGCAUUCCAGCAGAUUAUCUCCGGCCUUUUGAAGCAUAUACUGUCCCCGAACGCGGAUGCAGUGUCGUUCUUACAGGAGCCACAGGAUUCUUAGGAAAGGCGCUUCUUCGGACACUAGUCACUGACAAGAGAAUAUCCACCAUUCACUGCAUUGCCGUGCGAAAUGCAGAGCCGCUAGAACCGUUCAAAGACUCCGGAAAGGUCGUGGUUCAUCACGGGAACCUCACGUUACCUCGGCUUGGCCUUUCUACUAAUAUGGCACGAUACAUAUUCUCUACUGCAGACAUCAUCAUCCACAACGGUGCCGACGUGUCCCACUUGAAGUCGUAUCGGACUAUCAAGAGCGCCAACGUGGGCUCAACUCAGGAGCUUGUGAAGCUGUCACUUGAGCAUGGACGACCGAUUCCAUUCCACUUUGUUUCCACCGCCGGUGUUUCGCUCUACUCGGGUCUGGAGACGUUUGGCGAGGUAUCUGCUGCACCGUUCCCGCCACCCACUGACAACUCAGACGGUUACACGGCGUCAAAGUGGGCUAGCGAGAGGUUCUUAGAAAGGGUACAUGGGAUGACUGAGCUUCCGGUGUGGGUCCACCGGCCUUCAAACAUUCACCGGUUCGAGGACCCUCAGUUCGACCUUUUCCAGAAUCUGCUUCGAUACUCUCGUCUUAUGAAGGCAGUUCCUGCAUUUUCCAGCAUGCAAGGCCAUCUAAACCUAGUCGAGGUAGUGGAUGUUGCCAAGAGCAUUCACAACGAUAUUUUCAUUGACGCGAACUUGGAGGUCAACUACCGGCACCGGAUCAGCGGAAUCAAUCUCUCGAUGGAUCGCCUAGCGGAUUUCGUCAGCGACCAAGUCAAAUCAUCCGUCGAGGUCCUUGACGUGCAUACUUGGUCAGCUAGGGCGGAGUCUCAGGGUCUGUCAGAAACGGUUACUGAAUGGUUUAAGAAAGUUGCAUUUGGAAGCCCUGUCAGGUAUCCUUUACUUGUCACUGAUAGAGAUUAG